GGAAGGGAAAAAAAAAAAUCGGAGUCUGCGCAGUUGCGUUGUUCUCGACACUCCGAACUUUCGGGAGGACGGCGGAGGAAGGAGGAGAGGGAGAGAACAACGCCAUUUUUUCUGGCCCGUUGCAGUCAGCCAGGUGUCUUCAGUCCAGACCGGCGGGUGGAUCGGGACCAGACAGUCCUGGGCGGUGCCAAAAUCUGGAAUCAGUACUGAACUGAGUGGUGGUGGGCUGUGAGCGGCGGCGGAGGACGAGGACGAGGAGAGGACGAGUGGAGGACAAGGGGAGGACGAAGGGGGACAAGGGGAGGACGAGGAGAGGACGAGGAGAGGACGAGCUGGAGCCAUGUCGUCGGCCUUGUGGCGCGAGGACGACGAGGAGUUUAAGUUGGGAGCGGUGAGGGCGGGGGCGAGAGGAAAGCCCCGGUUCUCCCUGACGGAGAUCAAACUGCUGCUGGAGGCGGUGAAAAGGAACAGAUACAUCCUCCUCAAGAAGUUUAACCAAGGUGUGUCGGCUGAAGCCAAGAAGCAAACCUGGACCGAAAUCACCAAUCAGAUCAACAGUCUGGGAGAGAACCACAGAGAGGUGCGUCAGAUCAUGAAGAAAUGGGCGGACCUCAAGUGUGAUGGACGGCGAGCGCUCCGGGGCCCCAACGGCAGCAACGUGAGGAAGAAGAGCAUGGGCCCCGUGGAGAGGAUGGUCCACAAGAUCCUGAUGAUGAGUCCCAGAGGAGGUGGCGAAAGGAUUUCUACUCGACGAAGAGGAAGACUUUCUCAAGAUUUACAGCAAGGGCCGCCCCCAAUGUCCAUACCCGGAGGGACGUCCUACGACUUCUCUCCUCUCUCGUCCCCGGAGAAAGACCUCGCCGGCGAUCCUUUCUACUCGUCCCCUGACUUUGACCUGGCGGACGACGGAGAACACACCAUGGACUUUGAAGAAAACGACGACUCCCUGUUCUCCUCCUACCCCUCGUCUCUCCCCCGGCCCUCCUCCCCGUCCCUGGACCCGCUGCCCGACAACACCCUGCUGAGGAUGAAGCCGGUCCACACCUACUCCCGGAACAGCCAGAACCACACCACCACCACCACCCAGAACCACACCUCCCCCAGACCUGCACCUGGGCCCUUGGCCUCCACGUCCUCCUCUUUCCCUCCGGUGUCGGAACCCGACGCAGCCUCUUCCUCCGCCGCUGCGCCCCCGCUGGACCCCCGCUCGAUCUCCAACAUGACUUUCUCUUCCCUCCUUGCUCCUUCCUCCUCAUUCACUCCGCCGCUUCCUCCUGCCUCCAUCUCUACGUCUCCUUCCUCCACAUCGCCCUCUAAAUCUGUUCCAGCCAACGCCUCCCACCCCGAGCCCUCCUCUUCCUCCCUCCCAGCGCCUCCUGCUGCAGUAUCUUCCUCCUCUAAUGCAACCUCUUCCAACGCCCAUCAACCGUUCCCCUCCUCCUCCUCCUCAGUCCUCCCACCCAAUACUCCUCCCACCGCGGGCCCAGCCGCGGCGGACGUCCUCCCGGGCGGAGCGUCCCCCCGCCGGGCCCGCGAGCAGGUGGCCCAGAUGGCCUCCCAGAGCCUGCAGCAGCAGCGCGCCAGCCGCAUGCUCCUGACCUCGGUGUCCCAGUCCCUGGAGGUGCUGGCCCAGUCGGUCCAGCUGCUGGUGGAGAGCCAGCAGGAGUUCGUGCAGGAGUCCCUGCUCCUGCAGAGGGAGACGGUGGACGUCCUGAGGGAUUUCUCCAACACGGCACUCACCAUGCUGAGAGACAAAACCAACGGGGGGCAGCUGCCGCAUCCUCAUCCCGCUGCACACUUCUGAGAAACGGGGAUAACCAAUCAAAGUGCAGGUAAAUUUUGACAGGGGAGGGGGGGAGGGAGGGAGGGGGGGGGGGGGCAUUACAGGGGAUCAGCCGCCACGUGAAGAGAUUUCUAAUGUCCAUCUUGUUGGUUAAAUCACGAAAGAGACGGCUGAUAUUUCAUGGCUGCUGGAAAGAAAAGUUCUCCCUGAAAAUGGGACAAAGUUUUCGCCCACGGGCACAAACACACGAGCGUUAAGCCAUUCUCUCAAAGGGUUUUAUGUGCCUGCAUCUUUACUUUUUUCUUCUAUAUUCCCUGUUUGUUUGUUGCGGGCUCAUGUGUUUUUUUUCCACACUGUAAUUUGUAUUUUUAAAAACAAUUUACUGUAAUGUGUCAGUAGAGUAUAAAAGUACUAACUAGGGCUGCAACUUUUAUUUUCAGUCGAUUAUGUUCUUGGUUAAUCGAUUAGUUGUUUGGGCUCUAAAAUGUCAGAAAAUGGAGAGAAAAGACGAAGAAGAAGUUGAUCACUGUUUCCCAAAUUUUAAAGACAUUCAGUUCACUGUCACAGAGGAGUGAAUAAACAAGAAAAUA